AUAAAGAGAACCUUUGUUUUUUAACAGCACAGUCAAGCCCGAAACACACAGGCGUGUAGUACAGUAAGACAUGAGAAAUAGUGUUUGAUAUUUAGUGUAAAAUGGCCUGGACUCGUUGUGCCGUGUUUGUGUGUGUGUGUGCGUUAGUCAGGACUCAAGUGAUCCCCGGGAAGGCCAGGACAAGUGAUGGGGACUAUAACACUGUGAACACGGAUGGAUCCUUCGAUUUCGGGUACGCGAAUCCAGACCGCGGUCAAAGCUAUCACUUAGCACAUGGGAACUCCAAUGGGCUGGUGGGCGGUCGCUUCGGCGCCAAGGAUCCCGCGACCGAUACCGUCAAGGAGACCAUCUACACCGCCGGACCUAGGGGGUUCCGAGCGAAAGGUCCGAAUGUACACAGAAAGAUGGAUUUGGACCAGAGGCCAAGGGGUCCCAUUGGAAAUAAGGAUGAUCCUUACUUCGAUCCUAAUGAAGAUCCGAGCUACGCCUUCAAAUUUGAGACGAGGUCGUAUUCGAAGAACGAAAAUGCUGACAGUAGAGGCGAUGUCAAAGGCCACUACUCCUACGUGGACGAUGUGGGAGAGCGCCACGACGUGUCCUACAUAGCCGGCAGAGACACUGGUUUUCACGUGUCAUCUGCUCAUCCUGACAGCCCCAACCUAAUCGGAGCUCCCUUCCACCGGUCACCCUUGGUGCGAGGAGAGACCAAACCACGAGGCCGAACUGCAGUGCAGAGAGGGCUGGAUGGAUCGUACAGAUUUAUAUCAGCGGGUCCAGACCAGAGAAGGACUGAAAGCAGCGACUCACAUGGUAACGUCAGAGGAUCCUACACUUUCUUGGACGACAAAGGAAUUCAAAGGACAGUUAACUACAUCGCUGGUCCAGGGAUCGGCUACCGUAUCGUCAAGAACAACAAGGAUCCCUACAUCCCCUCAUCAUUUCCCACCAUCCCCAGCGCGUACGACCCAGAUUUUGUCAACGCUGCCGCCGCCGUCACCAACUUCUCGCCAGACGAUAGUGGAAGUGAUGACGUCUUCAAAACCCCCGAAGGCACAGCGGCAUCAGGACACGUAAAACCGCCUCCUUUCCCGUCAAAAGAUAAAGACAGAGAAGGACCUAGCAAACCGAGCUCAGGAUCCCCUGGUACAAGCAGUUCGAAUAGUCCCAGCGGGUCCAGUGGGAGUGGGAUCAGUGGGUUCGGUGGCGGUGCUGACGGCACCUUCAGUAGUCGGCCUUCCAGUGGCACUUUCGGAAGUGGUAGUAGUGGAAGUAGCACCUUUGGUAGUGGCUUUGUUAGUUCAGGGAAUAACUUCGAAAAUAAUGACAAUUACGGUGGUUCCAAUAGCGGUACUUUUGGCAGUGGUACCGGCAGUGGUACCUUUGGUGGUGGUCCAGGAGGCACAGUUAGUGGUAGUGGGAGUGCCAAUAGCGGUAGCUCGGGUGGUGACAGUGCAGAAAUUGGAUAUCCAACUCCAGAAUUCACCCCGGAUUUGGGAACUGGUGACAUAACUUACGUCGACGAAGAAAUAUUUGGAGGAGGAGGAGCCAAACCAACCAAAGGACCAGGCAAACCAUGGCGACCGUCCAGACCGUCCAAGCCUAGUAGGCCAACGAAGAAACCUAUUGUGCCACUAAAGCCUUUCAAGCCGACGAAUAAUAAAGAUGACGACGGCGGUUAUGAUGACGGAACAAACGACAAUAACACUCCACAAUUCGCUAUAGGAUUUAAUAUACACCACAAUAGGCCAGGCACCACAAUCAUUAGAAACAUAGGGAGGGACUACUUCGGGGUUCCGCCGGGAGUAUCGGUCAGGGCUCACGUACAAAGCAUCGACCUAUAUCCGUACGACUCUCAACCUCUCACACCGUCCGAAGUGAUGGAAAAGGACAAAACAUAACCUCACUUGAUGUACAAAGCACUAAUAGAAAUGUAAUAUCACAAUUACUGUAAAAUAUACAAGCUUUAUUACACAUAAAUUAUUGAACGAAUAAAGGUUUAAGUAAAGA